AAAAAAGUCAGUGAUUUUUUUUAAUUUGUUGGCAUUUUCUGGAUUAAAUAAGUGUGGAAGGAAGCCCUGGCCGUUAAUAUGGGAGAGCAGGCGCUGUUUUACCGCCAUUUGAGGGAGGGGGCGGACCCUUCGCACGUGACGUCACCUUGUAACUUUCGUUACUGUAGAUCCAAUAUUUUCCAGCUAAAGUUGGGGAAGAGUUGUAUCCUCGGUGCAAAAUCUUGCUCAAUGUUGCUUCAGUUUUGAAUUGAACAAGGGCCCGUUGUAUCCAGAUGAUUACAUGUAUACAUGUACAUCAACCAAAAUAUGAUGUCACAUGAUUGUCCUGGUCAGGAGUGCUCGAACCCCAUUUUCUUAUUAAGAAACACUUGAACUGACCAGCAUACGACAUACACAUAUAGAUAAGGGUACCGACCGCCCACCAGUGAAGACUAUUCACUACACCAUUUUCUAUCCCUUGCAUUGUAGAGUAGGCCUACUCCUUCCCGGCGAAUCGUUUGGCUGUAACUUGAAAGAGAAAAGUAGAAACAGUAAGGAAGGAAGUUUCGUGAUGUCGACCAUGCCACCCAUUAUGCAAUCGCAAGAGAGGGUCGGUGUACCGGUGGUACCCAACGCGUUCGUACCGUCGACGGCGCGUCAGCCGAAGCUAGCUAGGCCUCUUUGAAAAGUGCACAACAAUGUCACAGUACUUUCACAUCACCAAAUGCGGUCACGGCUUUCUCCAUUAUCUUUCAUGUAAGGUACAAUGUAAUCAAUUUAAGGAAUUCUUUGCGUUGAAUUGUUAGAUCUUGAUGAACAGUGUUAUGACACUUAUUCUGAAUUAGGUGUCAGUGUCUGGAAACAUUUCUUGCUUUUCUCGAAGUGUAUUUUAGGAUUUAUGUUUAGGAGGGAAAUUGUAAACGUUAAAUAGGUCGUCCCUGUGCGACAAUGGAUCGGUCCUAUUAAAUGCAAAGUUCUAUCCCACAUCCAGGUGCGAAAGCGACGCGUAGUGAACUUGCUGAACCAAUCAGAAAGAAUGAAGGGGAGUCACUUCAAUCACGUGUCAAAAAAGUGCAGGGAACCUGAACUUUUGGGGGUGAAAAUUCUGAACUUAGAUACAGUUUGUAUGAUUUUUUGUUAUAAAUUUUCGCACGUAAGUUACAUGUCAUUGUCGGGUAAAUUGUCGUAAUUUAUUCGUGUCCGUAGAAUUACUUUUUGUUUGGAGAUGGGGAAGUCGAUCAAAAAGCGUCAUGGCUCAAAGCGUGCGACCGAGAAACGACGUUGUUGUGAAGAUCAAGGCGAAGUGGUGGAGUCCACCUCCGACUCACCCAUCGGCCCUGGGCGUGAUCUGGCCAGAAAUGUCAAGGGUGCCGGUGAAGCCCCAACUUCCCCAGGAAUCCACGGUGAUGGUGCGGUCGAGCGAGGUCCUGUCACCGGGUCUCGUUCAGUGACUGCAGGGAGGGCUCGACCUCCGCCUCCAGGUGCCGGUGACGGGGGAAAAGGUUCGUCGCAGAAACGGAGGGGUCCCCACUGCGCCCGCUGCCGUAGCCAUGGUGUAUUGGUUCCACUCAAGGGACACAAAAAGUUCUGUAAUUGGAAGAACUGCAAGUGUGCCAACUGCCAGCUGGUCAUGAUGCGUCGGAAGCUGAUGGCCCGGAUGAUUGCCCUCCACCGUCAGCAGGAUUUGGAGGCGUUUGCCUUGCAGCAGACUGGCACUGUGCCAACCUGCUCACUGCCGGGUGACGAGGUACCAGACCCCACAAUCAAGAACCUUGGCUCUACUAAUGUACCCCUGGUGCAGUCCAGCUCCUCUGUCACAGGCCAGUCUGCCACAGACUUGCUAAACAACUUUACACAAGGUAAUCUCCCGUCUGACAGUGUUCAGGCGAGCCCCCACUCCAACAUCCAGUGCCAAUGGAACAGCAACAACAGCAUGGUCCGUUCACCCGCAGAUGCCAGCAAUGAGAUUCAGAUCCAACUGCCUUCCAGCAACGAGCUGGACAUCCCUUCACCCUUAUUCGGUGCCGGGCUCGCGUCCCAUGGAGGAUCUGGCCGCGGGGGCAGCCUGGGGCCCUUGAUGGCUUUUGCGCCCUGUAGCAGCAGUUACAGCCACCAGCAGCUGUCGUUUCCCUUUGGGCUGCUGACCAAUCCCAAGCCCUCCACCCCGACCAGCCAGAUCUACUCGCCGAAUUUCCUGGUCUAUCACCACCAGCAGCAACAGGAACAGCAGCAGGUCCCAAUGCAGCAGCCCUACUACUUCCAGGGCAACCGCGGUGGGGAGACGCAGAGUGCCUUUAUGCCCAUCGGGCAGCAGAAUCCCCCAGGCCAUCACUCGGGCUUCGGGCAUGAAGACAGCCCUUCACCAUCGGGUGUAACGUCGCCAGAGCCUUUCAAUGAUAUAGCUGUACUUGGGGUAGCCUCAGCUAGUGAGCCAAGUGGAAUACAACCGGCUGGCAGAGCCCCAGCAAGCCACACUCUACGCAUCCCUCUUGUCUCCCGGACAGUCCAGCCACCUUACCCGCCACCCUCCAACGCUGCUGCCACCACCACCAUGUCCAACUUCCACUGCCUGCCGUCAGCCGCCUCCUCAGCUACACAGGCCAGGGCCUUCAUUCCCCUACAGCAUGCCCUGUUCCCUCAAAAGCACACCCAAGACAGCAACAAGAACUGACGUGGAUGCUUAGAAGCCUCAGGACAACAAGUGAGGUCCUCGGUUUUAGUACAAAGGGAUGGACCCCCUUGUGGGGAUGGUCUUGGGAGCAUAGUGAUGCAACGAUUGGGAUGGAUAAUUUCCGAAUAAAUCCCACCAAAUAGAGACCCAUAAGCCAAUUAUAAUGUUCAGUUAGCAUAAGUUUAAUAGUAAGAUACCAGAAAGAGGUGCCAAAACAAUAUGUAACUGCAAACGUGCAAUUUAGCACAUUGUAUUGUGAACAGUGCUCUCUAAUUUAAAUGAUGGCUAUCCCCACAUUCUAAUCUUUGCUGCUGGUGAUUUUCAUGACAUUCCCCCCAGAAACUUUCCCUCGUGAAAAAAUUUUCCUCUCUGUGCUCUCGUACGAGCAGCCCCUCAAAGGCAGACAAUAAUAAAAGUGCUACUGAAUCGAUUGUUGCCCUUAACUCAAUAUCCUCAGUGAAUCUUAUUGCAUUAAUUAUUACAUUAAUAACAGAAAAAAUUGUUUGUGGUCUUUUAAAAGAUGAUGGGAAAGAUAAACAGUAUUGAUGUCUGGAUCAUUGAGCAUUAUGUGACCAUCUCGAGGGAAUAAAAUGCUCCUCAUUCAUUAGUGCUUUUGACUGAAAGUAUUUUUGGAGACGCACGAUGUUCAACCACUGUUGGUGUUUUCAAGUUCAUAUUGUUCUUCUAAUAAAGUGUUUGUUUUGGGUUGGUUAAUGCAAGAAACUUUGUUGAGUUGGUAAAUCAGUGUGUAUAAUGGCAAGACAUUUAGGUGUGCCAAAUUUCUGUCUUGUCAAACCAAGCACGAUUUGUAAAAAAAAAACAAGUAUCAUGAAUUUUUGUUUCUUUUUUAUUGUGAGUUUGCACUGCUUGUUGGUUGCACUGUUUUGCUGCCUUUGAGAAACAUGCCUUUCUGAUUUUCCCACAGUUUUGUAUAUUGAAGAGAAAUAUCUGAUUAAUUACACCUGUCUGAUUAUAUAAAUCUUGCAUUUGUUAUGAUUGUGAUCUUGGAACAAAACACUGAGACAACUUGUUUUAGCAGUGUUGUCCGCCUUUAAAAUUUGUAAAUUGUUGUAUAAAUUGAAAAUGGUGCAAAUGAAAAUGACAAACUUAAAUGAUGAAAUGAUAA